UAGUCAGAGGCAGACUCCAUGCUACGCGUGUGACAGCGGCCCUGGGCCCGGCCGGCCCGGCGUGGGCGUGCCUGUCAGGAAAAGCCGCAUCCUAGAGAAAGCAGGACGCGGCCACCUGCCGCGCACACCCACGGCAAAAAUCCCCCUCCCAGAAAGCGCAUCAAUGACAUUUCCAGCGGCCGCUUUUAAGUUCCGUUUUUGAAUUUCCCUGCCGCUGUUUGCGCGUCCGACAAGCGCCGAUACCGACACGCUCGACGUAGCGCCAGGCGCGUCCCUUUGCGGCGACAAGGCAAGUAUCAGCGCCGAAACCCAGAAUAGGGCGCCUCGAUCACUGCGAAAAGACGUGAAACAUGCAUGGUGGGUCGCCUAAUCAGGAGAAAUUAUAGCGUUAUGCAUUCUGACUCUAAAGCAAGGUAGUGAUAGGGAUCCUACUAUCUGCAAACGGUGGUCUUGUGGCAUAUAUUAAUCUUGCUCAACAUGGUUGAUGUAAAAUUUCUGAUAAGACAACUUUCACCUAAAGUGCAAGGAAAUUAUGUCUCGGUAUAUGGACCAUGUCCUCCAAUAAUGAAAUUAUUCCCCUUGAGCAGUGGGUCUAUUUCCCCCGCUAUCGCACUGUCAAUCCUGACGUGCAUGAUACGGGUGAUCGGGCGCAACCGGCAAGAUUUACCAGGGAGAAGAUUAUUUUACUAAACCAAAGUCCAACUGAUCCCCUGCUGAGACUCUGGUAGGGUUACGUCACCAUUGCGUCAGUGUCACACACUCAUGCACAGCGAGUCCUGCUGCAUACAGGCAUCACACAGAUAUUAUUCACAUAUAAUAACUAACGGCAUUUGGCGUUUAAUAAUCACAUACUAAAAUGAUUAGCGGAGAAGUCAGAAUGACGGUCCACAUCUUAUAACGAAGGGAGAAGUUCAUCAACUGCUCUUAAAAUUCAGAAGAUUCAGCUGUCAAAUACAAUUUAUGGAAGCAAGUUAUAAUAAUUUCAAGGGCACUGAGACACGCCUCCCUUAUGAGUCAACAUUUACAGUAGAGGCGGAAUCAGCGCCGUCUGCGUCCACUUUACAUCUCUGCUUCAACAUCGCACACGUAAGAUGCUCAUGACUUCGACAAAUGUAAAUUAAGUAUAGAAGUAAAGCUAUUUAUGUUUAUAUCGAGUUACGCACACUUGUCCCAUCCACUGCCACCCUGAAACGUAAAAGACGUAGCAGCAUAUUGGUAUAAUUUAUAAAUCCACUAGAGGGCUUCUCCGUUAAAGUACAGCAAUGCAGAAAUAUGCAUAACUGAGAAAGAAAACGACCGAAAUACUAAUGUGUGUGUGUGUCUGUGUGAGUAAAUAAAUAAUAAAAAUUUAGAGAAUAUAUAUACCUCUGGGUCAUAUUUACAUUAUUUUUGACUUCCCAUUUAGAUCUAAAGUUAAGUUCACUCCCAUGUGAGACUCAACUAAUAGAUAACUGCACGCUCCACCAAGUCAAAACGAUCACCUAAUAUACCAUAACAUAUAAAUAUUUGCAUCAAAUUUUAUAUACAAUAUUCAAAUGGUAUACACGAACAUUCACAUGGUUUCUUAGACGGAUGAGAUUAAAAAGCGACGUUAACACCCUGAACUUGUACCAUGUGUCGAAUCGUUUGCUUAUGUCUGGAGCGCAAAGGGGACGCUUCUGAAUUUGAAACUAAAGCUUCGGCCGCUCUUGUCACCAUGAAGGGUCCGUCGGUGCUGUUAACGCCCCUGCUUUCCGUAAUAAUCAUCAGUUUUGGUCAUAUGUGUGCUGCGGAUGACCAGCAGUACUCGCACGCAGAUUGUACUUAUUUAAAAGAAAAUGAAGCCAGUCCAUACUACGGAGGACGGUGUUUUUGCUACAGCUCCGGUACAGUAAUAAAAUGGAACGACUUCUGCUCCACUUUUCAGGUGCAUGUGGAAAGUGCCUAUGAUGUUCACAUCACUUUCCCGCUGGAGGGAAAUGGCUCUCAGGGGCCUAGGGUCCUCGUGACCCAGCUGAGGGGCCUACUGACACAGUACUGGCCCUGGGGUGCUCAGGAGGAUCUUGGGGUGGGCAUCCCUCUGGAAGACAAGGAAGUCUGCUUCGCUGUCCAAGCCAAGCCCAACGUGAGGUACUCCUUGCAUCUAACAGGCAAACGAGUCAACUGGAUGCAUUUCGGCCUGUUUCUGAGUGGAGUCUUUCUGUUCCUCUCUGCCAGGACACUGUGCAGGAGUACCCUGGUCUACUACGUCACCAACGUUUGCCUGGGAAUUCUCUUCCCUGGGAGUUCUGUCCUCAUAGUGCUGGCUCUGAAAGGCUUCAUGCGGAGGAAAGUCCCGUUCCUGGUGCUGCUGGCAGUAAGCUGUGGAUUUAAUUGGCUGACCCAUAGAUGGCUGCUGACCAACUGGGAUCCAGCUCGGUUAAUCUACAGGAAGGAGUUCCUGGGAUACCUGCUGCUGUCCUGUGCCGUCAGCUUCGCCGUCUGCCACAGGCAUCGCCACACAGGGAUGUGCGCCCUGGGGGUGAUGACCUGGGGGCUCCGGGCUGUGGGCCUGGGCCUGAUCUACCUGGGUGUCUCCUACCCGCCGGCGGCCCAUGUGACAGCAGGAGUCUUGCUGGGCCUGAAGCUCCUGCCGCCGUGCUGGGUGUUCCUCCUUGGGCUCUGCAGAGAAGCACGUAAGCCAUUUGCCUCGGUUCUGGGUCCACUCCGGCGCGGGCAGCCGCAGGUCCGGCUGCUGACGGAGGAAGAGUACCGAGAGCAGGGGGAGAGGCAGACGAGGGCAUCGCUGGAGGAGCUCAGGCAGUACUGCAAUAAGCCGGGCUUCCCCGCUUGGGAGACUGUGCUGCGGCUGCGCUAUCCCCAGAGGUUCGCUGAGUUCCUGCGGAGCGGCUCCCACAUCACCGCGGAGGAGUCCCAGAACCAUGAUCACCAGUAUGGGUUGGGAGGUGCCUUCUUUGAGGACAUGAUCUUCAGGUCAGGAAGCAUAACAGACCCCGGCGUCAGGAGGCCGUCCUCCCAGCUGGGGGCUGGUGACGAUGUCUUUGGCGACGAACCGGGUGGUCGUGAGUCUGUCCCGCCCCCCACACCCGGGCUGCCCCCUCCUGGCACCCCCUACACCCCCAUGCCGCAGGUCGGCCCCUUGGCCUACAAUCUGCCCCUGUGUCCCUACCCCUCCACCCCCUACAUACCCCUUUCAGAGCCCAUGGACACAGAAGAACCCUUCUGAGGGGUCUCAUCACUGGUCGCCGAGGUAACCCUGAUGGGGUUAACCAUGUCUGAAUUCUACAUAUCACACACACAGUCCCAUUCUUAAAGACCAACUGCGGUGCUGGAGGGAAUUCAGGAGUUAUAAGCAUGUUUUUAUGUUUGUCUUUUUCCGAGAGGCAUUUUUAAAGAUGUAGGUUACUCUGUUAUUUCAGGCAGUGAAUACCCAGGGUAUACAGAAGAAAUCUCCAUCCAAUUUGCGUAAAUUUAACCUCUUUAAUUUCUAAUAUGAGUUUUCUGUACUUCAACUGCCUGGGGGGCAAGUUUCUGUCGUUCACCUGACUGGCAGAAGUCUCCUCAUUAAUUCCUGCUGCCCCCUAGUGGUUGAUUAGGGGAACUUAAAUUCUUGUUUUUUUUCCUACUGUACUCCACGUGUUGACUUUUCUGGCUCAAAGAUUUGCUGUUAUCUGUUCUACCUCAGCUUUUAAUUUGUUUGCAUUAGUAGUUAGCUCACCAUGGGUAAAUCUGUGUGUUUGUGUGGGCAGUGGUGGCUUAAUGGUUAGGGAAGCGCACUUGUAACUGAUAGAUUGCAGGUUCAAAUCCCUGACCAGCAAGGCACCACUGAUGUACCCUGAACAAGGUCCCGCCCCCAAGCACUGCUCACUGGGUGCUGAAUUAGCUGCUCCCUGCAAUUUCACACUUGGGUUAAAUGCAGAGAACACAUUUCGUUGUUGUGCACUGUGGUGUGUCAACAAUGAUCACUGAUCACUAAAUCCUAAAAAAUUCCCAGAUUGGGAAAACAAGAAUAAGGUAACUGGAAACACAAUAUCCCAAAAAAGUCCCUAACUACAUCUUUCAGGUGAUGUUGCACAAAAAAUGCCUAUAAUCUAUUUAUUAUGUGAUAUUUUAAAGUAUGAAAUUUUUUGCAAACUCAAUGACAAUAUGGCUUUUGUUUCGUAAUCUUUGCUAAUGAAAAUGAAAACCUGUUUGUUACACAGAUACAGUUUUAAUAAAACCAUUUUUACAGAUCUGCAUCCUGCACUGGAUUUAUUACUCAAACUGCAGUUCCUGGGUGGCUUUGUUCUAGGUGCUGUGCUGUCAUGGGCAUGUGUGUCUUACUGAUAGAAAGGGUUGUUUGAGGACCUGUGAGGAGGUAGGUCAAAGUUUCCUGGUAAUGGGAAAUGGUUAUCUACAGGACUGUUGGGGUUAACA